AUGGCAGACUCAGAAUCUCGGAAACGAGCUGUCGACUCGCCCAAAGUCUGGACGAGUCUCAUCACGAACCUAGACUACUUGCCUGGUCUUCUCACCCUCGAACAUUCUCUCCGCGCGGCCAAAUCUCAGUACCCUCUUGUGGCAUUAUAUACCGAUUCAUUCCCCCCCGAAGGUCACGCAGCUCUCCGUGCUCGUGGCAUUGCCACCCAGCACAUUCCAUACUUGCUACCAACUGAAGGCAAGGAUUACUCCAACGACCCGCGGUUCUACGAUUGUUGGAGCAAGCUCGCGCCUUUCUCCUUAACCGAAUAUGAGCGCGUCGUCCAGCUCGACUCGGACAUGCUUGUUUUGCGCAAUAUGGACGAGCUGAUGGAUUUCGAGCUGGACCCUCCCUCGAUUGCUGAGACUGGUGAUAAGACCGUCAGUAAGCGUGUCUUUGCAGCCGGUCAUGCCUGCGUAUGUAAUCCCCUCAAGAAGCCUCACUAUCCAAAGGACUGGAUUCCUGAGAAUUGUGCAUUUACCUCACAACACUCGAAUCCCGAUACCGCGCAAACUGAGGCUGCUGAUCCGUCAGUCGGACCCUUGGGCUUUAUGAAUGGUGGCUUGCAGGUUGUCAAUCCUUCUCAGGGCCUCUAUGCGCAGAUUUUGGCGCAUAUGGAGGCCGACGCCGCCAACAUGGAUUUUGCAGACCAGUCACUUCUCUCGGACUUGUAUCGUGAGCGAUGGGUUCCUUUGCCGUACAUUUAUAACGCGCUCAAGACGCUACGGUGGAGAGGAGUCCAUGAUGCUAUUUGGAGGGACGAGAGCGUCAAGAACAUUCACUACAUCUUGAGUCCUAAACCUUGGGAUGAGAUUAAUGAGAAGGGUGAGUGGACGGGUAAGGACCAGAGUCACAAGUGGUGGGUUGAUGCGAACCGUGUCAGAAAAGAGUUGGAGAAAGAGAAGGGAGUCCCUGAUGAUGGCUUUUAA